CACCCAUAGUCGGGUUUUUAGAACUGCAGACACCCCCUCACCUAAAACAAGUGCCCUCGGGUCCCUUGAGCUACAAAAACUCUUUAAUAGGUUUCUGGCAUUCCUAGAGGAAGCUAUAAAGUUAUAUUAUGGAGGUUCAUGUUUAUGGAGUUUAAUUAAACCGGCUCACCCUUUACUAGUUGCUUCAUGGUAAAAUUAAACAUACCAGCAAGAGAAGUGUUGUUUUGGCUUAGAAUUAUUUUAGAUGUAUUUAUUAAUAUAGUUUUUCAUCUCAAACAAGUAGCACUAUUAUAAUCGACCAGGUGCUAGAAAAUGACAGCGUUUGAAGGGGUGUAUCAAAUCAAAAUCGAUCAAAAUGCGAAAUAUCAACAUUGUCGUCUUUUAAGUGUAGUAUUUUGUUAAAAAUAAUGGUUUUCAUUCAAAUGUUUGAAAUGCUUUAGCAACAAAAUUGUCAAAACUAAGACGUGUGAAAUUAUUUUAAGAGGGUUACAAUAUAGUGUUGAAUCUAUGCAAGGUAUCGUGACUUUUUAUAUAUGGCGGAAAACAUUUUCACUUGCAUGUUUUGAAAAAUAUUUAUAUAGCGGAAAACAAUUAGGUGACUUAAGUUCCGCUCUGAGACCCCCAAUUUGGCCAAAUUUCAAAAUUGUUCUAUAUGCAUGUGUGAUCAUUGAAAGCUUAAAAUCUAUAUCUUGUGGGGGAAGAAAAAUUCUGAACAGAAGGGCAUAAAAUUUUUUUUUUUUUUUUAAUUAAAAAGCAAAACCUUAACUGGAGGUGAGAACAUAAUUAGACGCCAUGAUUUUAAUGAGAUCGCGUAGUUACCUUGUUUCGUUCCGAAAACUCCUUGUAGCAUGUAUCACAGUGUCAAGACACAGCUGUGAAUGGCCACAGCCGGAUUUUUUUGCUGAUUUUAUGGGUGAAACAUGGUAGUAUAACAAGGGUCGCGAUACAGAAAUUGCAGACAUCAAGGAGUGGUCGAGAUGUUCUUUUAUGUAUAUUUACUAAGGCUGUCAAACGAUUAAUUUUUAAUCGCGUUAAUCACAGCUUAAAAAUUGUAAUUAAUCGCAAUUCAAACAUCUCUAGAAUAUGCCAUAUUUUUCUGUAAAUUAUGUUGGAAUGGAAAGAUGAGACACAAGACGGACAUAUACAUUCAUCAUACUGUAUAUAAGUAAUGUAUUUGUUGAUUAUAGCAAUAAAUCCACAAGAUGGCAUUAACAUUCUUUCUGUUAAAGGGAUCCAAGGAUAGAAAGACUUGUAGUUCUUAAGAUAAAUGUGAAUACAAGUUAUAGUAAUUUUAUAAUAAAACCCCUCUUUAAUUUUUCGUUUUAAUAAAAUUUGUAAAAUUUUCAAUCAAAAAUAAACUAAUAGCUCACCAUUGUUGAUGUCACCGAGCGGGACGUCACAUGGGCUCCCUGCCUUUCUUCCACAGUGUCUUUAACUACGUAAGGUAGUGAUUGAAAUACACCGCAAGGUGUCAAUGGAGAGUUUUAGAGAUCUAGCCAAGGCAAAGACUGAGUAAGUUUUAUGCAUAUUUUGCAUAGCUAUUUUGACUGGGAAUGAGUUUUUUGCAUUGACACUAGAACGACCAGAGGUUUUGGUGCUCCCUAAUGUUGCCAGUGGUGUCCCUUUUUGGGAUGUUAGUCCAAACUGACAACUCCAAUGGUCACAUGAACAUCUCUUCAAAUUUAGCCAUUACCUGAGGAGGGGGAUGGGGGAACCCUGCCUCAAUCGGGCAACUUUCAGAAACUGAACACUGUGUUGUGACUUCCUACUUGACUUGACUUUACUUGACUGCUAAACUUCUGAGGAUAUUUUCAUAAUAGUAUUUUAACAAUUCUAAUUUAUUCGGCUGUAUUUGUAUGAAUACCCUCUACAUGUUAAAAAAAACAAUUUUGAAAAGAUCAAUUAACAAUUUGCUGUGGAUAUACAUCGAUAUACAUAGACAUUUAGAAAUACUGCAACUCGGCACACCAAGCAACAGUGGUAACAAGAAAAGCACUCAAGGAGGGCUGACCUCCACCAAGCGCAACAUCCCAGCCCCCCCAACACCGAUCACCCCAAAAAUGUAAUCAGUUCUACCUGUUCACACUAUUAAUCAUUCCUGAAAAUUUCAUCUAAUUCCGUCAAACCGUUUUUUUGAGUUAUCCUGCUCACAAACAGAUGAAAACAUUAACUCCUUGGCAGAGGUAAAAAUAAAGGUCCUUUCAAGUUGUACUACAGGGCAUAUACAUGGAUGCAAUUACAUAAACCUACCCUUUCUCUCUGUAAAGCGCUUUGGGGUGGCACUGUCACUGUAAAUGCUCUAUACAAAUCCUUUUCCCUUGAUAAUUGCCUUUUAUUGUAGAGUCGACUUGUUCAUGCAAGGUGCCGUGCCUAAGCGUUUACCACCUGUAGCAAAAAUGCAGAUACUUCGUUUCACAUGUUAGUUUAGGGCAUAUGCAUGGUUUAGAUAAAGGUUUUGCCAAGUGCCCCAUAACUCGACAGAAUUGGCUUUUAUUGUAGGGUUGACUUGUUUGCAAGGUGCUUCACCUCUGGAAUAUAAAUUGACGUAUGCAUGGUGGGCUAUAACUUGCAAAUUUGCAUGCAGGCUUUUGGUUUGAGGGGGAUAGAUAGGCGCAGAGUGCACCUUCACUUCAUUCACUUCACCUUCAUCACAGAAGCAUGCAGAAACCUCGUGUGCAGAGAAGGCCUACUACGCAGAAGCCAUUGUCAAUGAUCCUUGUCAAUACACCACUUUGUGAGUCCGAUGGCGAAGAAAUCAAAAUCGAAAAUUCAGACUCUUCUGAUGAGGAAACUUGUACUCCACUGCCAGAACCAAGAGCUUUGGUUGAACAUGGGCGAACAGAGGUUGCUAAAGAUGGCACAGUGUGGCGUGUAGAACAAUUGGCAAAACCUCUUUUCACUCCAGUUGAGCCAUACACUGCUGAUGGAGCUCCAACAGCCAAGACCAGAAGAAUCGUCACAAGUCGUCUUCAGAGCUUCUUGUGUUUCAUAUCGUUGCAGAUGCUUCGCAUGAUUCAACGUUGGACUGUUCAGCAUGGACGUCAUAAGGAACAUGAGAAUUGGUUCAUGGAUGUUCCAGAACUGAUGGGAUUCAUUGCUGUCCUAAUCUGGAAAGGGGUGACUCAAGUUCCAUCCUUGUGCGACAACUGGUCUGAGGACAUGGGGAACCCACGGAUCAUUGCUACAAUGGCUCGGAACCGCUUCCAAAACAUCAUGCAACAUCUCCGUUUUGAUGACAUGUACACACGUGCUGAGAGAGUACAGACUGAUAAGUUUGCUGCUAUUUCUACUGUUUGGGAAAGCUUUGUCAAAAACUGUAUCUCAGUCUUCACCCCUGGCCGACACAUUACAAUUGACGAACAGCUUUUCCCUUCAAAGACUCAGUGCGGUUUCCUGCAGUACAUUGCAACAAAACCUGACAAGUUUGGCAUCAAGUUUUGGGUGGCAUGUGACUUGAAAUCAAAGUACAUUUGCAAUGCAAUCCCAUAUCUCGGCAAGGACCCCAAUCGCCCCAGUGGUGAGAGACUGUCAGAGAGCGUAGUGAUGAAGCUGAUGGAACCAUUCUUGGACAAAGGCAGAACUGUAACUACAGACAAUUUCUUUACGUCACUCUCCCUUGCACAACGCCUGCGUAGCCGAAGAACCUCCCUCCUUGGAACUGUCAACAAGAUUCGCCGUGAAAUUCCUCCAUCAACAAGACAGGGUAACCAGAUUGAUUUCACCACACGAGUGUUUUCCACCCCUGAAGCAAUCCUGACGGUAUAUGCACCAAAACGCAAGAAGACUGUCUAUAUACUCAGCAGCAUGCACAGCCAAGUUGAGACUGAGGAUUCAUACAAGCAAAAGCCAAACACUGUGACCCAGUACAACCAAACCAAGUGUGGAGUGGAUGUGAUGGACCAGAUGGUGCGGGAGUACACUGUGCGUUCAGGAACACGGAGAUGGCCAAUUGCUGUGUUCUACAACAUGAUCGACAUGGCCGCACUGAAUGCUCACAUUGUUUAUCAGGCAUGCACAGGGGUGCAGGAAAGACGAGCAGAGUUCCUGGUUCAUCUGGCAAAAGAGCUGGCCAAAUUUCACAUCAAUGCGAAGAAAUCACGCGAAGACAAGAAGUUUCUUCAGCAGCCCCUCAGCACCGGUAAAAGAACAAAGUGUCAGGUUAGGGAUGGAUGCAAACGGAACUCUGCAGCCGGCAGAUGUGUUCACUGCUUCAAGUACACCUGUGGCAAAUGCAAGAAGGAGCCAGCAUUGGAGUGCCGACCCUGUUCUGACAGCCAAGACAAACUACGCAACCGCUGAAACACCAUUCAUUUAGCCAGGACGAUGUAGAUUUUGAUAAGUCUGUA